CCCCUACGAGUUUUUAGACUUGAUGUUUGAGUCUGGAUUUGCCAAUGUCUUCGAUGAUGUUGCUUUCACCGUUCCCGUUAUGGCCCCGGGCAAGCACCCUUUUUCGGUGGGGAAACCCACCAAGUUUAUUGACGUUAACCUUCUCCAUGUUUCGUCCUCCCACGCCAAUAACUUUCUUUUGCGUGAGCUUGCGAAGCAGCACGGUCUCCGACUGACCGGUGUCCUGCAGCCUUGUGGUGGAUGCCUGCAGGCGAAGGGGAAGAAGGCGGGCGUGCCUCACCAAUUGGGCACGCGCGCAGAGCGGCCGCACGAUCUUUGGCACAUCGAUCUGUGUGGGCCGAUGACGGCCUCGCUGGGGGGUUCGUUUUUCAUGAUUAUGUUCGUGGACAGCUUCUCGCGGUGGAUGAAGCUGUACGGGAUGAGGCGCAAGUCGGACACCCUCGCCUUCGUCAAGAAGUUCAUCGCCGACAUGAGUGGCACCGGUGUCCCUCGUUCUUUCCGGAUGGACAACGGGGGGGAGUUCAUCGGACGCGACUUCAUCGCCUUCUGUGACAACGCCGGCAUCCGCCGUACGUACACGGCGCCGGGCACCCCGCAGCAAAAUGGUCCGGCGGAGAGUGCGAUCUGGCGCGUGAACAAGGCCGGCCACGCCGCUCGUCUCGAGGCACCCCGCCUGUUCCCCAAGAUCGACUUCACCCGCGUCCCCGGCUUCGGGCGCGAUGGCGAGCGACUCUGGCUAGAAUCGUGUCACUGGGCUGCCGGCGGCUUCAACCGUUCUCCGACCAAGGCAAACGUCGGGUACAAGUCGCCGCACGAGCUCUUCACCGGUCGCCCGCCACCGCUCCAGAUCGUCCCGUUCUUGCAGCCGGGGUAUAUGCGUGUGACGCGCGCGAGGAAGAUGGAUCCCCAGGCAGUGCUGUGCUGCUACCUCAACAACGGCGACAACCAUCACGAGUCGGCGGUCAAGGUCCUCAAGUUCGCGACGGGGCGCGUGUGCAUGACGAACAACGUCGUGUGGGUCUCCGACCGCGCGCCGUUGCUGACCCCGCCGCUGGAGCUGCCGGCGCCGGCGGACGAGGGGGGAGAUUCGAAUGUCGCCGCCGCACCGUUUCUAAUUGAGUAUAUUUCACCGCCUCUCUUACCCCCCUCACCGUAUGCCCGACCUCCCACUUCACCCGCUGCCAUACUCUCACAGGCGCCGCCGGCAACUUCCACACCACCAUCGCCGGCGGCGCCGUCUACCGCAGCCACACCACCGCCACCGGUCACCGCGCCGCCUGCAACGCCGCUCGCCGCCGCGCCACCGUUCACCACCACCGCGCCGCCUGCAACGCCGCUCGCCGCCGCGCCACUGUUCACCACCACCGCGCCGCCUGCACCGCCGUUCGCCGCCGCGACACCGUUCACCACUGCCGCCUCGCCUCCGGCCUCACCGUUCACCACCGCCGCUGCACCGUCAGUAAUACCGUCUCCCGCCGCCGUGCCGCCCGGUGCCGCGCCUUCCACCAACAUGCCGCCGCUCACUACGAGGACCAUCCGUGAACUGGACGUGGGGCGCGGCGACAUGAGGGUUUCUGGGCGCACGAGGGCAGCCGCUAAGGACCAGGGGGGGGGGCGUGCGUCGUCAAUGCCGCCCCUCUCUGCCAGGGCCAAUCGAGAGCUGGACUUGGGACGAGAGACGCGGGUGCCAGGGAGGUUGAGGGGUCGGCGGGUGCGUUUCCAGGAUGGGGGGGCCGAGCGGUCGACGUCACCUGGCGGGAGCGGCGACGCUCUCGCCCACCGCUUCGGUCUUGUUUCCCUGCAGGACAAGGCAACGCUCCUGUCGACUCUAACCACUCGCAGCAUCGUCGAUGGGGGGAGGAAGGAGAUCCCGAGUUCAGCCGGAGGACGUGAUGGAGCGGAGCCGGGGGGGCGAGAGCGGGAGGGCACGAAAACAGAAGGACUGCGUGAAGAAGUCCCAUUUGCGUGCGCCACCUUGCUUGCCUCCCGCGAGGACAUUGAUCGCGCGAUGAGGGAUUUAGAUCCCCCGGAAGUGGCACCGGACUUGCCACAGUGCUAUGCGAGCGACUUGCGCGUACCCAAAACGUAUAGGGAGGCUGUGUCCUCUCAACAUGCUGACUUGUGGAUACACUCUGUAGAGAAGGAGUUCAGAGGCCUGAUGGAGGCUGGUACCUUUGAGGAAGCAUUUGUCCAGUCGGAUUUGGAUGAGGAUGUUUUUAUGCGUCUGCCAGAGGGGUGUGGUAGAUUAUCAGGUAUGAUCGUGAAGUUGAACAAGAGUCUGUAUGGCCUCAAGCAGGUAUCGAGGCAGUGGCAUUCACACUUGGCGAGGUGUUUGAUGUGUUUGGGUUUUAUUCAGUGCAUGGCGGAUACGUGUGUGUUUCGGUUGAUUGAGGAGGGAAGAGUGGUAGUGACUCUGGUGGUACAUGUAGAUGAUAUAUUUUCGAUAGGAGAGGAGGAGAGGUGUGACCAGUUUGGCAGGGACCUCAACACCAUGGUACCUGUGAAGAAUCUUGGGGAUUUGAGAUGGUACUCUGGAUGUUUUUAUGAGAGAGAUUGGGAUGCAGGAACUUUGAAGAUCUCGCAGCAGACGUACGCUGAAGAGUUGGGGAUGGAGUUUGGGGUAGAGUACGGGAAGGAAAUUCCUCUUCCUGUAGGGUUGAAGCUUUCAGAGUUUGACCAGGAUGAGGAAGUGGUAUCAUGGCCUUUUCGUGAGCUGAUAGGAUCAUUGAUGUGGCUGGCAACGCAAACGAGGUCAGAUAUCGCGAAUGCAGUAAGAGCGAUAGCAUGGUACUGUGCCUCUCUCAAAGAAAUUCAUUGGAGAGCAGGGUUUGGUAUUUUAGGGUAUGUUGUACGGACUAGUGAUUUGGGUAUGACAUUCAGGAGGGGUAGUGUAGCAGGGUUGAACAUGGAGGUGUUUGCAGACGCAGACUAUGCAAGUAAGGCUGCCGAUAGGAGGUCUGUGUCAGGGGGAUUGGUGAUGUGUGGGGGGGGAUGUAUUUCUUGGUUUUCAAGGACCCAGAAGUGCGUUACGUUGAGCACGACAGAGGCGGAGUAUGUCUCUCUUGCGGAUGUGAUGAAGGAAGUGUUGUUUCUGAGGCAGGUGUGGCGUUUCAUGUUACCAGAAGCAGGCAUGCCAUGUAUUCCGGUGUUCGAGGAUAACCAAGGGGCUAUUCAGUUGGCGCAAAACCCGAUAAGCAACAGUAACUCGAAGCACAUCGACGUAAGGCACCACUUUAUCAGGGAACUGGUAGGCAGGAAGGAGAUUUCGAUUUUUCACGUGGAAUCGGCGUAUCAACAUGCUGACUUUCUCACGAAAGCACUUCACGCGGGAGAUUUUGAGUUUCAUCGUAACUACGUGAUGAGUAUGGAUUAAUAUCUUGGUGUUCGGGUUUAUUUUGUGUGUGAUCAAACAACUGGGGUGGCAACAUUUUACAUUUUUGCCUAUGGUUUUUCUCAAUGGAUGAUGUUCUAGGCUGGGGGGCAACCAGUUCACUGAAGUUCGAAGAAGUAUAACUGGUAUGAUCGGGGAUGGGUAUUGAUGUCUAGCCAAUGAGGCUAUUGUUCUAGAGCUGAGUGGAGUUUCUGAUUUUAUUUUCUUGUGUUUUGGAGUUAUUGAGGAUCGAAAAAGACAUGGCAUGGUCACAAGCAGGGGGGCUGAUAGAUAUACUUGUAGCAAUGCCAAGUGGUUGUAGGAUUGUGUGGUACGUGGAAUGUAUUUCCAGGGUGUGCAAGGUACCCCUGUUGUAUACUGCGUCGCCCCCUCAUGGUGGUGCGUGCACGCGUAUGUAAGUUCAUGUAAGUUCGUGUGAGUUCAUGUGAGUUCGUGUGAAGGAGAAGUUUAUGCAACAAACCCUACACGUCUUUCCUCCUUGGCGCGAGUUCGCCGAGUUGCCGACACCCUAUUCAACACACGUCUUGCGACAAGCUACCCCCAGUUCGGAUC